AUCUGGCGGCUGGACACGGAGUUACUGCCGCGCCGCUGUCUGUCAGGUCAGAAGCUCCGCCGGCCGCAGCCGCUGCGGUCUGUGGCUAGCUGGCUCCCGUGGAGUUGUGAGAGUUGCGACCGGCUUUCUGCCUCUAACCGCUUUUUACACGUGAAAGUUCUUUUCCUUGUUUUUUAUUUUCUUUCAAACCUCGAAGUCUGGCGCGCAGUUGCAUUCAUUCGUCAUACGGUGCGGACAGUGAGGUCACUUGUUAAUCGGUGAGCUGCCAACCUAGAAAAAAAUAAAAAUAAUUCUCAGUGGUCGUGAGAUUCUGCCGCGAGAAAACAAGUCUUCAGGCUAACAAGAAUUUCGCGUAGUAAGGCGCAACCUGUUGUGAUUUCGUCCACGAGGGAUUGCUUCAGGAGAGAAACUGUGACAACGGUGGUUGCAGAAGAAUAGCGUCGGAAUACAUUGAACUAACCUGCAUUUGUUCUUCUCAGUGACUGAAUUUAGCUGCAGUCCAGUCCAGCGGUCCCGCCAUGCCAGCCGUGUGAAGAGAGGCGCGAGGGGGUAAGCCAUGCAGGCCCGCCGCUGGCUCCUGGCGGCCGCCGCCGCCUGCCUGGUGGCCGCGCCGCCGCCCGCCGCCCCCCGGCAGCUGGACGUGGACGGAGGCGGCGGAGGCGGCGGAGACCUGCCCGCCCAGCAGCGGCGCGAGCGGUUCGGCCCCGGGUUCGGCCCGCCCCCGCAGCAGGGACGCCGCGGCAAGCAGGCCGCCUCCUUCCUGCCGCCGCCGCCGCCGCCGCCGCCGCCCAAGGAGCGCCGCCCCAACAUCGUCCUCGUGCUCACCGAUGACCAGGACGUCGAGCUGGGGUCGCUGAACUUCAUGCCGCGCACGCUGCGGCUGCUGCGGGCGGGCGGGGCCGAGUUCCGCCACGCCUACGUCACCACGCCCAUGUGCUGCCCCUCGCGCAGCAGCCUGCUGACGGGCAUGUACGUGCACAACCACCAGGUGUUCACCAACAACGACAACUGCUCCAGCCCGGGCUGGCAGGCCACGCACGAGACGCGCUCCUUCGCCACCUACCUGUCCAACGCCGGCUACCGCACGGGCUACUUCGGCAAGUACCUGAACAAGUACAACGGCAGCUACAUCCCUCCCGGCUGGAGGGAGUGGGGAGGGCUGAUCAUGAACUCGCGCUACUACAACUACUCCAUCAACCUCAACGGCAAGAAGAUCAAGCACGGCUUCGACUACCACAAGGACUACUACCCGGACCUGAUCGCCAACGACUCGGUGGCCUUCCUGCGCCAGUCGAAGCAGUACUUCUCGCGCAAGCCCGUGAUGCUGGUUCUGAGCUUCCCGGCGCCGCACGGCCCAGAGGACUCCGCCCCGCGCUACUCGCACCUCUUCUUCAACGUCACCACGCACCACACCCCCGCCUACGACUACGCCCCCAACCCGGACAAGCAGUGGAUCCUGCAGGUGACGAAGCAGAUGCAGCCCAUACACCGGCAGUUCACCGACCUGCUCAUGACCAAGAGGCUGCAGACCCUGCAGAGCGUGGACGAGGCCGUCGACAGGAUCUACCAGGAGCUGAAGGAACUGGGGGAGCUGGACAACACCUACAUCAUCUACACCUCGGACCACGGCUACCACCUGGGCCAGUUCGGCCUGGUCAAGGGCAAGUCCUUCCCCUUCGAGUUCGAUGUGCGCGUCCCGUUCCUGGUGCGCGGCCCCGGGAUCGAGCCCGGCAUCAAGAUUGACGAGAUAGUGCUGAACUUGGACCUGGCGCCGACUUUCUUGGACAUCGCGGGCGUGGAGACUCCAUCCCACAUGGACGGCAGGUCGUUUCUGCCGCUACUGCAUCGUAUGCCAAAACGUGGUCAGAUGUCGGGUCGAAGAAAGAAUUUUAAAUGGCCAGACACAUUCUUGAUAGAAAGCAGUGGGAGGAGAGAGAUACCGGAGGCCUUCGCAGAGCACAAGCAGAGCGGGAGGCAGAACGGCCACCAGGGAGCGUACGACACUGGCGUGGAGAACGACAGCAGCUUGCUGUCCGAGUCUGUCGCCUGGAACACGACGGGUGGUACCGCGGCGACACAGAACCUCGCCGGCGGUCUGCUGCCGGAUGUCGCAGGCGGCUUCAACGACACCGACACUCUCCUGCCGCCCGAGGAGGGCCCGACUUUGGACAAGAUUCCGGUGCUUUCGAGGCUGGACCCGCAGUUCGACAACCAGGUGGUUCCCGUGGCGCCGUCCGGCGGGCUGGUCGGCAAGGUGGAGCGCAUCGCCCUCGAGUGCCAGAGCCCGGAGUUCCAGGCGCCGUGCAGGCCCGGCCAGAAGUGGCAGUGCCUCCUGGACGGAAACAGGUGGCGCAAGCACAAGUGCAAGUUCCAGAUGGCGGCGGCGCACAGCAGACGCAGGAAGUGCCUGUGCUUCACGCCAUCCGGCAUGGAGUACACCCGUCUGGAGCCGGACGAGCGGCGCUCGCAGCGACAGUUCUACAGAGGUCACGCAAACAAAGACAUGAAGGAUCAUCACCCCAGAUUCCUGCGCUUGGCCCAGAACAAGCGUUCUGUGGGGCCAAGGCACUUGGAGGACUUUCUGCAGAGCAGACGGGAAAACAUGGACCCGGUCCUGUUGAACGACUUAUUGUUGAGGAUCAAGCGGCCGAGGAAGGGGCUUCGAGCGAAGCGGGACACCCUCGAUCACGUCAUGGAGGACUUGGAAGAACAACUUUAUGGCUUGGAGGAAACUCAAGUGAAUGAGAAGGAGAGAGAGGCCAAUGCGUCUCUGCGAGCCAUCAAUGAGAUCAACGGAGGCUGCCGGGUGUACCCUGGAGGCGUGAACUGCAGCAACGUGGUUUACGAGAACCCGCAAGCCUGGCGAUCGUCGAGGAACAACGUGGAGGAGCAGAUACGCAAACUGCGUGUCAAGCUCGAUGCUCUGAAGGAAAUUCGACGUCAUUUAAGGGCUAAGCGGCCACAUCAUCAUUCGUACGACGUAAGCGUGGAAGAGGAAGACGAGGACGACGAGAAUGCUCGCGGCAUCGAGGAAUUCCCCUCGGACGACGACGACGCAAGUGCCGACGUCGAUGAGCCAGCAGCGAGCACGGCCGAGGAGGGAACGACGUUGACUGCCGAGCCAGACAACGCGACCGUCGCAAACGUCGAGACCAGGAACAUGGAGGGUGAGGAUGUGGGGUCAGACAGGUCUGGUCGCAACCACCACCACUACCACCACCACCAUCACAAUGCCACGCGCAGGCUGAGGAAGAAGCCAAGGACUAGCACGGAGGGACCCACAACGACCACGGUGCUUGGCGGCACGGAGGGGACUACCACCACCACCACAACCACCACCACCACCCCCACCACCCCCACCACCCAGCCCCUGGGCCACAACAACCACCACCGGCACCACCACGGAGUCCACACGGUCACUCCUGUCGCAAGCGCUCCGGACAAUAACGAGACUGCUGGGACGGAGGAACCCGUCAACUCCCUGCCCGACGAUAACGUGACGACGAUCGGGCCCGAGCAGAGGGUCAGCCCAACAGCCAGGAGUGGCCCUCGGCAGGUAGGCGGGGUCCCCAACCACAUCAAGGUGACAGUGUUCCAGCCGAGCCGUCAGCCGCACGGGAGCCGGCAGCUGUCGUCCGUGGACCACCACACGUGUUUCUGCGAACCUGAAACUGUCACAAGAAGAGAAGAAAAGGAAUUGGCGAAGGAGUCCCGCAGAAAGAUCAAGGAGGAGAGACUGAGGAGAAAGGAGCGAAAGCAGAGGAAGAAAGCUAAAAUGGAAAAGGAGUGCAUGUUGGAGAAGAUGAACUGUUUCAGUCAUGACAAUGACCACUGGAAGACUGCACCUCUGUGGACACAGGGACCAUUUUGCUUCUGCAUGAAUGCAAACAAUAAUACAUAUUCAUGUCUCAGAACCAUCAACGCAACUCACAAUUUCUUGUACUGUGAAUUUGUGACGGGGAUGAUAACAUUUUAUAAUCUACGAAUUGACCCGUUCGAGCAGUGGAACAGGGUGCACUCACUGUCGGACGGGGAGCUGUCGUACCUGAAGGGCCAGCUGGCCCGGCUGCGCGACUGCCGGGGGACAAGGCAGUGCACCGCGGGUGGCGCUGGUCAGGGCCCUACUUCCCCGUCGCGGCCCGCCCCGCCGCCCACCGCCGGCCGGUACAAGAAGCGGAAAUACUUGGCCAGCCCACACCUAUAUGACCUCACUGCCAUGCAACUCGUCAGUGAGUCUGAGCUUGCGCCUCAUGCUAACAAAAAGCGGAAGAAACUGUCCAAGCCGUGGCGAAGGCGUAAGGCAUGGCAGCAAAACCAAUGGGGAAGCAGAGCGUCGCGACGGAGGCGGCGUUUCCGCCGGCUACAAUGACAGAAGUGCGCGCCGCCAAGCCUAAUGGACGCUCUCUGGUCUCUUAACCUCCGCGGUGCUCGACUGCACGACAGAAUACCACGGAAGCCCUCGCGCAUGAUUUUCUAGUGUGAAGAGGGGAAUAACUGUGAAGACGUGUUGUGUUCUUGAAUGGUGGACUGAUUUUAGGUUUCAGAACACAAAGAGAGUAAUUAUUCAGUAUUUAUUGUGAAUUUGCCGUGUUUCAUUGUGUAAUUCGUGACUGCUUUCGUUGGUAAGUAAAAAAUGGUAACGUUUUAGUUAAUAUUUUGUCAGAGUGAAAAGUCUAAAUGUGAAUAUGUAGUUCUUCGUUUGAACACUUCUAUGAACUGAUGCUUCUAUGAUCUUAUCUGCCAAUAUAGCAUAUGGGAAAUGUGUAUAAAAUUUUGUAAAAUGUAAUAUGUAUAAUAUAAAUGUGAGUUUAUAUCAUAAAAAAAAAAAUCAAUUUAUGUUCCCUUUUGUGUGUUAUUUGGAAGAACAUGUUUAUGGUUUGAAUACUUCCUCGAAAUCAGCUCUUGAAUUAAAAAAAUAUAUAUAAGUAAAGACAUGAUAAUAUAGAGUUCAGAAAAUAGGUGCUAUUUAUGUUAGAGCCCUAUAAUUAGAGAAUAGUUUGUGAAGUUAAACAAAAUAUUUUUUUUUAUCAGUUAUUUAAAUAGUGUUUUUUUAAAGCAAAUACUGAAUUACAUAUUAUGGACAAGCUAAUGCAGGAUUUUUUUUUCUUUCAUGUACUUUACUUAAACAAGUAAGUAUCACAAUUAAAUCUUUAGCAAGUUAGUUGAUAAGCAUUUAUAUAAGGUAUAUAAUCACCAUUUAAGAAUAUGAUAUACCAGAACUUGCGGACAAUGUAAUGCAAACAAUAAUUUGAUAAAAAUAUUUUUUUUUUUCAUUUUUCAACUGAUAAAAGAUAUCUAUAAACCCCAUUUGAUAGGAACUUGGUUUUUUAAACAAUCAAAAUUCCAAUUCCCCCUACCCCCCCCCCCCCCAAAAAAAAAAAUAAUAUAAAUGAACCAGUAGCAGCCAAUAUGGAAGUUAAGUGCACAUGAACAUCCAGUUUCUGUAAAUAAUGUGGGUAUAAAUUUUGUCGGGUAAGGCAAGGGGGUAAUGGGAAGGGGAGAAGGGGUCUGGCUCAGUUCAAAUGAGUGCAGACACCUGAUGAGGUACACAAACCUGUCUGAAUGCUUGCGCCCAGGGCGUGACGUCACCCAAGUUCGGUAUUAGACGCGAUUCUCCUCACGAAACGUUCCCGCAAAGACUCGGCCCACUCUCAGUAUCUGGCACCUUUAGGGAUAAUUUAAAUACAUGUGGGCUCAUCCAUACGCUCUGUACAGCACCCGCCACGUGGUCAAAUAGUAACAUGUGGAUUAGGGAACCCAUUGCCCGUGUUAGCUUCCUGUGGGUUCACACUUACAUAAUUUCUUGGUUGAAAAAGCCCUACAGCCAGAGACAGUUAAAGAAUUUGCAGGGCCCUGUGGCAUUUACUUUUGCGGGCUAAAAAUUUUUGGAGAGGAGGCUUACAGAGAGGUCUAGGGGGUACGGAAUAUCUUCCGGAGAAAAAGGGGGCUCAGGGUGGCAUUCGCCUGUAAAAUCUACCUAAUGACUGACUGACAAUGCUCAGCCUAAACCGGUGUUAUCUAGAAUUUGAAAUUUGAAGGAAAUAUUCUUUGAGUGUCCUAGGGAUAUUUUUAAAUACCAUCCCUAAAGGGAUGGAAAAAGGGUGGUAUAGUUUUUAUGCUACAAUGAUGAAAUUUUGUAAAUACACUCUUCAAAAGAAAUAAAAUAACAUGUUUCAUGAUUUUUCAAAAUUAAUUUCCUAAGGGGAGGUUUGGGGGUGCAUUGGAGAUCAAGAUUCCAGUUUUUGGUUGAAAAUCCCCAUGGAAACAAAUGUUUUUUUUGAUGCAUUCUUUCGUCUCCAACAACGGCUGCUUUUUUUAACUCAACUGUUGCGCAUACUCCUAAGAGAGAUUAUUUAUGUUGUUAGUAUUUCACAAAAAAAACGACACGCCAUGAUGCUGAUAACCAUAUCCUUUUAUUCACAUAAUAACAGUCAUUUCUUCCACACUCCUUUUCCUCCAUUUACUAACUCUCCAAACUAAAGCAGUGCUACCAACUCGGUAGCUACAACUAUACCUACGACACAAAAUAUCUUUAUUGCCGAUAACACCUCCCCUCAAUAAAAUAUUUUUAUGAAACAAACAAUCUUUUCCUAAAUUUGUCAAACAGUACACCACCAAGAGGCUUAGUAAAAAUAUCACCUAGUUGGUCACUGGUAUUAACAUAGUCCAACCUAAUGAUGUUUUCAAACAGUUUCUCUUUUACAAAACACUUCUUAAUCUUUAGAUGUUUGACUCUAGAGUUGUCAGUGGCCAUAUGUGCCAGCUUUAUAGUAGACUGAUUAUCCUCUAACAGAGUGAUGGGACCAACUUCUAUUUUAAAAUCAUGCAACAAGUCUUUUAACCAACAAGCCUCACUGGCAGCUUGACUAAGAGCAACAAAUUCUGCUUCAGUGGAUGACAGAGCCACUGAUUGUUGUUUUUUUGAAAACCAGAUAACAGUACAGCCAAAAACCUUAAAGCAACAACCAGUUGUAGACUUACAGUCAUCACUGCCUCCCCAGUCACUGUCCACAUAGCCUACUACAUCAUCAUUCCUGUUUCCAUAGUAAUUUAAACACAUAUUUAAAGUACCCUUGAUAUAUCUAAGAACAUUUUGCAGAAGUUUGUAAAGUAAAGUGCUUGCACAGUUCUGAUAUCUACUUAAGAUUGUAACAACAGCACACAAAUCAGGUCUUGAUCCCAUUGCAGCAUACAUUAAGGAUCCAACUAAUUUUCUACACUUUGACUCUAUUUCCUCAUUUUCUGAGCAUUCCUUUUUCAAUAACUCAAACUUGAAGUUUCUGUCGAUGGGCAAGGACAAAGGUUUGCAUUCUGACAUACCAUACAACUCAAGUAAGUUCUGCAGAUACUGUUUCUGACUUAUGGUUGUACGAUUACUAGCUAAAUCCUGCUCAACAUCAAUACCUAGAAACCUUUUUACACAACCCAGCUCUUUCAUUUUGAAGGUGUUACAUAGUGCAUCUCUAAGAUGACUGAGCUCAUUUUUACAAUUUCCAAAAUAUAGAAUAUCAUCAACAUACACCAACAAAAACGUUUUGGUGUUGCCUUUACAUUUAGAAUAAACACAUGCAUCUUUGUCAGAACGUACAAAACCCAGUGAUGACAUUACUUUAUCAAAUUUUGAGUUCCACAAUUUGGGAGCAUUUUUAAGGCCAUAAAUAGACUUAUUUAGUUUACCAACAGGAUACUCUGAAUUUACACCCUCUGGUAAUUUCAAAUAGAGUUCCUCAUCAAUUUCACUGUUCAGGAAUGCACAUUUGCUGUACUGGUAAGUUCAGUUUGGUGGCCACACUCAUAAACACUCUGAAAGUUUUAAGUUUUGCCACAGGAGCGUACAAGUUAUACACAUCACAUUCUUGCUCGAAACCUCUUGCCACUAGUCUUGCCUUGUAUUUAGUUUCCCCAGUUUCAGUCCCCUUUUUUGUGAACACCCAUUUUGAACUAACUACUUCUUUUCCUUCUGGCACCUGUGGUAAGGUCGUCCAAGUGUUGUUUUCAUGUAACUGCUGAAGCUCGGCCUUAAUUGCCUCCUUCCAACAUUGUGAGUCUUCCCUAUUCAUUGCCUCUUUGUAACUCUUCGGUACCGCAUCAGUUGCUACGAGUCCUAGAUCGUACUCUGAGCACCACGCUGGCUUUCUUACACUCCGUCCACUUGCUGUUUUAGGUGGCUUAUCUUUGGAGGUUUCUCUGCUUGACACUUCAACUGGUCUCCCCUUUCUUUGGUCUCCUUCAGUCACUGCAUCCUCAAAACCUUUAAAGGGAGAAGACAUUCCUUCACUUUGUACGUCUUCCUCAUCAGUACUGGAAUUUGAUUUUAUUUGUUCAUCUUCUUGAGUCAGGUCUAAGCCAAUCAUUUCAAUGUCUUCUACUUCAGUUUCAGUCCUUGUUUCACGUCCCUUUAGUCUCACAAACACCACAUCCCUUUUUAUUUCAACUUUCUUCUUGUCUUUGAAGUAAAUUCGAUACCCUUUGGAAUCUUCGUAACCAACAAAAACACCUUUCUCUCCUUUUGGGUCCCACUUCAGUCUCUUUUCUUUCGGUAUAUGGACAAAUACCUCUGUUCCAAACACAUGAAUUAGUUUUGUCAAAUCAACAUUUUUCCUUUCCCAGACUUGAUAUGGUGUCUUAUUAUUUUCUCGAGCCUUUGAGGUCCUAUUUAACACAUACACAGCUGUAUUUACUGCCUCUGCCCAUAGCUGUUUGUUAAGCCCUUUCCCACUGAGCAUUGACCUAGCAGCUUCCACUAAGGUGCGAAUGUCCCGUUCUGCUCUUCCGUUUUGCUCUGGUGUAUAAGGUAUUGUUGUCUGGUGUUGUAUCCCAUGGUCCUCAAGCAGCGCUUUCACUUCCUGAUUCACAAAUUCUCCCCCAUUAUCACUUCUAAGCACUUUCACAGGCAGACCUGUAGCUUUUUCCGAAAACUGUAUGUAGUAUUUCAGCUUCUGGGACACCUCAGAUUUACUCUUGAGAAAGUACACUUGCCGGUAAUUUGAGUAGUCAUCUUUCAGUAGCAGAAAGUAUCGAGACCCUCCCACAGACUCUACCUCCAUUGGUCCACACACAUCAGCAUGUACCAAUUGCAAUGGAGCAUCAGUGUGUUGUUUGCUUUCACCAAAUGGUAAUUUCUUCAUUUUUCCCUCCAGACAUGCUUCACAUGACUCACUGUUGUCUGAGUACUUAAUAUUGUUUUGAUUCAAGACACUUUUCACAUAGUCCAGGUUUUGAUGACAUAAACUUUCAUGCCACUCUCUCAACGAGCGUACCACCACUAAGCAGUCUUGUUCCAUGAUUACGUCCAGAAUAUACAAAUUUCCCUCCUUAUUUGCCACCGCACGAAUCUGGCUGUCUUUAUAUACAUAGCAAUGAUCGCCAGCCAUUUUAACAGUAUGACCCUUUUCAAUUGCACUUGAUACUGAGAAUAGGUUCAUUUUCAGCUCAGGGACCCACAAUACAUGGUUCAAGGUACUUUGCACAUAAUUCUGUCCAUUGUAGACUUUCACAUUAACUUGUCCGAUACCUUGCACCUGAAGACUACGUCCAUCACCAACGAGAACACAUUUAUUCGAUACUGGUGUAAAGUUCAUGAGGAGGCCACGUUCGAAUGUCAUAUGUUCACUUGCUCCACUGUCCAUGAUCCAAGAGGUGGAUCUUUUAUGGUCCUCCAAAUCACUUACACUACGCAAUACACUUUCUGACAUUACAAAGGCAUUUUCAUGUUUAGGCCUAUACCUUUGCUUGCACUGAAACUUCAGAUGUCCUUUCUUGCCACAUUCAAAACACUUUCGUAAGUCUUUAUCCUCUCUGCAUUGGUUUGCCACAUGUCCCAAGAAUCCACACUUGAAACACUUUAAUCCCCCUGUCUUCUUGACAGUGUUCCCUUUAUAUGAUCCUGCCACCAUAGCCACAUCCUCAUCCUUGAUUUUAGACUUUAACCUCUCUUCUUCCACUAGUAGUCGUGCCACCAGGUCAUCAAGUUUUUGUUUACUAGUUUCUACAGAUUCCCAUGCUGUCACAAAGUGACCAAAUCUCUCUGGCAAUGACAUUAAUAUUUUUGUAAUCGUGAACUGUUCCGACACUUCUUCUUCUGCCUGUUUAAGCAAGUGACACAAUUCUUGUAUUUUUGACAAAUAUGUAGACAUGUCAGAACCCUGCUCAUACUUAAACUGAAAAAAACGUUGUUGCAGUAAGUGUACACUUAUACUCGACUGCUGCUCAUACACACUAAGAAGCUUCCUCCACAUCUCGUUUGCAGUGGAGCAAGUAAGUAUGUGCAUCAUUGCAUCCUCACUCAAACGCAUUACAAUAAUACUCUGAGCCUUUGCAUCUUUUUUUUGCCACUCACCUUGAUCUUUUUCCGGUUUAAUGUCUGUUCCAUCCACAACCGAAAAAAGAUUCAUUCCCCGCAACAACACCGACACCUGGAACUUCCACACGUUCCAAUUCUUCUGCCCCUCCAACUUUAUCGCUCCCACGGUAUUCAUCCCUAGCUGCUCCAUUUUUCCGGAGUCAACAAGCACCGACGAUAAAUUGUUGACGACGAAAGCGACUGAAUGUGUACCACACCCCGGUACCGCUACUCCACAGAAGCUUCCCACGCCGCCAUUACCACUCUGCAGAGAAACACGUUGCCGGCCUACACAAUUUAAACAUCUCUGGUGCGAAGAUCACUCAUGACUGUUAUAAGCAUCCUGGGCCCAUAACCUGUUGUUAGUAUUUCACAAAAAAAACGACACGCCAUGAUGCUGAUAACCAUAUCCUUUUAUUCACAUAAUAACAGUCAUUUCUUCCACACUCCUUUUCCUCCAUUUACUAACUCUCCAAACUAAAGCAGUGCUACCAACUCGGUAGCUACAACUAUACCUACGACACAAAAUAUCUUUAUUGCCGAUAACAAUUUAUACCAUGAUGACAGAUCAAUAUCUAUAUCUUAGAAGUGAAGACAACAUACACAUUUAUACUUGUUCGGUACAAAGGAACCUCUGUUGAUUUUCUUCACCUCACUGCUUAGAGCAAACUGCUGAUUUCUAGCGGGACGGAAACUUAUGAAAAAAUACGUCUUAUCGCGAGAGGAGUCAUUUCUACAGCCAAAAACAAACCCUUUAGGCAUUAAAAUAAAUUUAAGAUCAUUAGCGUACAUAUAAAUUAUUUCCUCAAGGAAUUCAUGAACGGAAGGCAUACAGGAAAUGAAACAACAUGUGAUGCAUGCUGCAAGCUAUAUGCGGGCUGCAAGCUAGAUGUGUUUUUAAAUAGGCAUGUUUAACUAAAUUGCUUGUCACUUCAUGUAAUUAUAACUCUGUUUUUAACCAGGUUACAUAGGAAGGUUGAAAGCCAUAUUUUAAAACUGGGUUAAUAGAUUUUGCUGUCUGCGGCCCUUAUGUCUCUUUACCUUAUGAAUUCUACAGCAAAUGUUCACAUUAAACCUGAUACUAUCAGAAACUAUUUUGAUAAAAGAAAAGGAUCUGUGUCGAAAUAUAACUAUAACACGAAAUGAGUGCUUAGGAACUAUUGUAGAAUGAUAAUAUUUCAUUGUCUAAGAUCUCAGGUGUAGAUCUAGAAUAAAUGUUUGUUGUAUUAUUUGGUAUUUAGGCAACAUUUAAUACUGAGCUUUACUUAUUUUCAGCAGUAUAAUUUAUUAUAAUAAACUUUUAGCUCUUUGAAACUAAGGUACACACAAGUCAGAAAAACUUUGAAACUAGAAACCAUAAUAUUUUUGGUAUAGUUUUGAGUGUUCCAUCAGGAAAUAAACAAACUUGCUACUAUAGUAUAACUGGUACAUAACCAUAAAUGUAGAUAAGUUGUUCUAGUGUCAACUUUUGAUGAAUGGGGUUUCUGUCUUCAUGGCUACACAAAUGAGAGAAUUGUGUGUGUACUGAUGUGAUUUUGUGAAAAUGUAAUUUUUUUUUGUCUUAAGUCACUAUUCUUGCUCAUUAAUGUUUGGUGUAAUCCACUCAUAAGUGUUGUGUGAUUAAAUAUUUUUGACUGGCUCUAAAGCUGCCUAAACAAUUUAGUUUUAGAAAAUUUUAGUGGGAAGAAUCAAGUAAGCAAUAAAACAAACCACGGAAAAAUUUUUGUUUAUAUUAUUUGUGCCAUAGUGAUACAAAAAGAGUUUUAAAGGUAAUGUAUUGGCAAGUUUUAUCUGUUUAUGAAUCAUUCUUAGCUUUUAACAUACCGAACAGAAGUGGAUAUGUACCAUGAGGCAAAUUUAUUUUCUAGUAUAUUUAUGUUUUAAUUUUUAUGUUUUUUUUUUGUAAUCAUCUUUUAUAGUAUCAGGUGCAAAAACUGUGGCCAGAUGCUAAUCAGGUUUUUGAAGAAGGAAAAACACACAAAAUAUCAACUUGCACUAGAAUUUAAUUGAACGUUUCACUGUAAUCUCUGUUUUCAGUGGAAAGAGUAGAGUUAUAAAUCAUUUUAUUUUAUCAUUUUUAGUUUUCUUUUGAUUAUUAAACAAUUUUGGGUUAAAGUGGAAACAAUUUCUUUUUCAAUAAUUGUUAGUGUUGUGAUUGGUUUCAUGCAAUUAUUUUAGUAAAUUAACUUUUUUAUGUAAGUUUGAUUCAGCUGAAAUUAUGAUGCAGCAGUUGGCUCUGUUGCAAAUUCCUGACAGAUUAAAAACAAUACUGUAUGUAUAAGUUUAAAAUGUCACUUCAUUUGUAAUGUGAAAACAAUAUUGCCUAAGUGUUGUAUGUUAGCAAUACAUUUUUAUAAAAUAAUUACAACUAGAAAUAUACAAGAAAUCCUAAGUA